AUGAGCGAGAAUGACAUUGCCGACUUUACAAUCGAUGAGACGACGCUCUCUAGCGACCCGACACGCGACUGCGGGCUCGCUGCGCAGAACCUCUCGGCGAUGGAUCUCGAUAAGAUGAGCGUGGAGACCUUUGAAGUGAUGUCGCGUCAGGCCACAAUUAACAUCGGUACAAUCGGUCACGUCGCUCACGGUAAGUCAACCGUUGUGAAGGCGCUCAGCGGAGUCAAGACUCAGAAGUACCACCGCGAGGCUGUGAUGAAUAUCACAAUUCACCUUGGCUAUGCCAACGCAAAGGUGUUCCGCUGUGACUCAUGCCCCGUUCCCGCUGCCUAUCAUGCCUUCCCCUCCUCGCAGCCGGACAAAACUGGCUGCCCAACCUGUGGAGCCCCGCUGACGCUGAAACGCCACUUCUCCUUCGUUGACUGUCCAGGACACGACGUGCUGAUGGCGACAAUGCUUAACGGUGCCGCCAUCAUGGACGCUGCGCUCCUACUCAUUGCCGCAAAUGAGCCAUUCCCACAGCCGCAGACACUUGAGCACCUCAAAGCAGUUGAGAUUAUGAAGCUGCGAAACCUGAUUAUCCUUCAAAACAAAAUUGACCUUGUUGGAGAAGUCCACGCACAGGAUCAGUACCAUAAGAUACGCGACUACAUUGACAGCACCAUUGGGCUCAGUGCUCCUAUCAUUCCCAUAUCCGCACAACUGAAGCGCAAUGUGGAUUAUUUGCUGGAGUACCUGUGCCGUAUGCCCCUUCCCACGCGUCAGCUUAAUUGUCCCGCACGGAUGACGGUGGUGCGCUCCUUCGACAUUAACAAGCCGGGUGAGGUGGAUAUAGAGACUCUGCGAGGCGGUGUGGCAGGGGGUACCGUGAUUCAAGGUGUUCUUCGUGUGAAUCAAAUUGUUGAGAUUCGGCCAGGACAGGUGCACACACAAACGGGAGGAACAUUCAGCUGUACACCUCUGCGAACCCGGGCGUUAACGUUAAAGGCAGAGGACAACUCGCUGCAAUACGCAAUACCAGGUGGUCUUAUCGCCGUGGGGACCACGCUUGACCCCACACUGACGCGUCAGGACAAAAUGGUUGGACAUAUGAUUGGAGAGGAAGGUUCGUUGCCGCAGGUGUACGCGGAGAUUGAGGUGCAAUAUUAUUUAUUCUCCGAGAUGGUUGGCCAGAGUAAGCAGCGAGAUCGCAACGCGAAGCGCGUGCAGAAGUUGAAUGUGCAGGAGACACUUCAGAUCAAUGUGGGCACCCUGACGGCGGGGGCCACAGUAGUAAGCAUUACAAAGAGUCCCGAUAUUGCGAAGCUCACUCUAGUUACGCCGGUGUGCUGCACUAUGGAUGAGCAGAUCGCAAUUUCACGUCUGGUAGAAAAGAACUUCCGUCUGAUUGGGUGGGGCACCAUCCGCCGUGGAGUGCCAGUGAAACUGAAUUAA